AUGGCCGACUCCGAUGUCAUCCACGAGGCUCCGACGACAUCACCGAGCCCCGCCCUCUCGGACAAUGCUCCAACUAACGAUGGGGGCAUCGAAAAUGGGGCAGAACCGCGAUCGAAGAGGAGAGGGCGGGAUAGGCUGCUUCGUAGCCUUCAACGCAUGCAGUCCUCUUCCUCCCUAAACCGCCUCGGCCGUUCCAGAUCCGCAAGCAGUCCUUACAGCAGGUCUGGCAACCUUUCUUGCAUCAGCCUGGCCUCCACCGCCUCUCCGUUCGGCCAGCCGAGUGCGGGGUCCUACUUCUCGCAGUCGUCCGCCGCCGCGAGCUCGAGCGCCCAUACGUCGAUUCCGGCCAGUCCGAUCGCCGAGUCGCCUGCUCAUGAGGGACUCGAGUCGGCGCUGGCCAAUCGACCAGUAGGCUUCACUGCACCCGCCCCGGCCACGAUCUCCCUGCCAACAAAGGUCAAGAAGAGGCUAAACGGAUUUAGUCUUUGGGCGGACAUGCCCCACGAGCUCAAGAUCUACGUCCUCUCGUUCCUUGGGCCGAGAGAAUUGGUGCGGGUCUCGCGAAUCUCCCGAGAGUUUCACAAGAUGUGUUUUGACGGCCAGCUAUGGACAAGCUUUGACGCCUCCGAGUUCUAUAGGGAGAUACCCGCGGGAUCACUGGCCAAUAUCAUUGUCUCAGCCGGGCCAUUCGUGAAGGACCUUAACCUCAGGGGCUGUGUUCAGGUGGAACACUACCAACGGGCUGAGGUGAUGGUGAAAGCGUGCCGGAACCUGAUAAAUGCGACGCUGGAGGGAUGCCGGAAUUUCAAGCGUUCGACCCUCCACAUGCUACUCAAAUCUAAUAACCGGCUCGCCCAUCUGAACCUUACCGGCUUAGACGCGGUGAACAACGCCACCUGCAAGAUCGUGGCCAACUAUUGCCCGCAGCUGGAAGUAUUCAACGUCUCUUGGUGUAAGAACAUGGACGCCCGGGGCAUCGCCUUCGUGGUCGAAGCCUGCCCCAAACUCAAAGACCUCCGGGCCGGUGAGAUCAAAGGCUUCGGUUCCAUCCCGGUGGCCGAAACCAUCUUUCGCACAAACACACUCGAGCGCCUUGUCCUCUCCGGUUGUGAGCACUUGACCGACACCGCUCUGCAAACCAUGGUCCACGGCUCCGAUCCAGAAAUUAACCUUAUCGACAACCGCCCGCUGGUCCCGCCCCGGAAGCUCCGCCACCUCGACCUGACCCGUUGCACCGGUCUCACUGACCGCGGCAUCCUAUCCCUAAGCCACUUCGUACCCUGUCUCGAAGGUCUUCAACUCUCGGGCAUCCACACCCUCACCGACGCUGCCCUGGAGCCCAUAUUAGCGUCUACCCCGCGCUUAACGCACCUCGAGCUGGAGGACCUGACCCAGGUCUCUAACGCCUUGCUCUCCGAACACCUUGCGAAAGCCCCCUGCGCCUCGGGGCUCGAACACCUCAACGUCGGCUACUGCGAGAACCUGGGCGAUGACGGCUUGCUCCCCGUCAUGCGUGCUUGCACGCGCCUCCGCAGCGUCUACAUGGACAACACCCGCGUCAGCGACCUAGUUCUAGCCGAGGCCGCACUCAUGUAG